UUCGCAACAAACUUUGACAUUGUAAAUACAUAAUCCAUUUGUGGCUUGAAAGUGACGAGCAGCGGAAGAAAAAUAUGGCUUGGAGAUCGAAAGGUUUAAACAAUGCCGAUCUCAUUAGGCAACUUCAGGAGUAUAACAUCAUCAAGACGGAGGCUGUGGCGAGUGCUAUGCUUGCUACGGAUCGCAAGCAUUAUGUGCCAGAGAACUUACAUCCUUACACCGACACUCCCCAACGGAUUGGACAUGGUGCCACAAUUAGUGCACCUCACAUGCAUGCCCACGCGCUGGAGCUUCUGAAAACGUACCUUAAACCGAAUAGCAGUGUGCUGGAUGUUGGUUCCGGAUCGGGUUAUCUAACCGCUUGCUUUGCACGGCUUAUUCACCAAGAUCCGGCAGCCAACGGGAUCGUCGUGGGUAUUGAGCAUCACCCACGGUUGGUGGAGCUCGGCCGCAAAAACAUCGGCACGGACGAUCAAUCAUUAAUUGACUCUGGUAAAAUCAUUCUCAUCGAGGGUGAUGGCAGACAAGGGUGUAAGGAUCACGCACCCUACGAUUGCAUCCACGUUGGAGCAGCUGCCCCAGAAACUCCGCAAGAGCUGAUCAACCAGCUUAAGCCUGGCGGCCGGAUGAUCGUCCCGGUCGGUCCCGACGGUGGCACGCAGUAUUUGGAGCAAAUAGACAAGGCCAUGGACGGGCAGGUGACCAACACCAAGCUGAUGGGCGUGAUGUACGUCCCGCUGACGGAUCUUCAGAAAUGAUGCAGCGUUACGCAGCUGUGCUAUGUGAUGUCGAGAUUGGUGGCCCUAUUUAUAUUGCUUUUCCUCUGUUACACUAUCAUGAAGGCGUACUUUUAGUUAAUGCAAUGAGAC